AUAACCAAGCGCCCGCGCCAACAAUACCAAAGUGCCUAUCCUUCUCCCUUGCCAAUCGACCGACCGACCUUGGAUCGCGACUGCGCGGGCGACUCGUCGACGAGAUAUGCCGCCGCUAUGAGCCCGUCCAAGCUGGUCGCCGAGGGGAGGGUCGGCCUGGGAGAGUCCCAGAACCAGCGCGAUGCGCGCAUUGAGCAGCUCUGGCUCAAGCUCGACCCCGGACGAACGGGCGAGCUGGACCUGAAAGGCCUGCAGCGGGCCUUUCGCAAAAUCGACCACCCUAUGAAGAACGCGGACGACAUGCUCAAGAAGAUUCUGAAAGAGGUGGAUACCAACGGCGACGGCAAGAUACAGUACGAAGAAUUUCGAGUCUUUGUGCAACAUGCCGAGCAGCAGCUCUCGCGACUUUUCUCCACCAUUGAUAAAAACGGUGACGGGAGGCUGGACAUCAAGGAGCUCCAGGCAGCCUUUCGCAGCGCCGGCUUGACCGUGGCCAAUGCGAGGCUGACAGAGUUCUUCAAUGACAUGGACAUGAACAAUGACGGCUUCGUCACCUUUUCCGAAUGGCGGGACUUUCUUCUAUUCAUGCCAGCCAAGGACCAUGCCUCGCAGCUUCGGGCCGUGCUGUCAUACUACAAUUCGGUGGUCAACGUCACUCCAGAGGGAGACACGCUCGUCGGCGAGGAUACUUUGCAAGGCUUAGGUACGACAGGCUCUUCUCGCUCUCUCCUUAAGUCUCUCUUUGGUUCGCUCGUGAGAGUCGCCUUUCCUUUCGGUUCAACGACUGCCGACUCCAGCCAGUCUGAGACCGUUUCUUCUCCCCCCACCACCUCAUCAUUGUCUACGGAUGGAGAAGCACAAUCAUCACACAAGUCAAAGUCCUCCCCGAAACGAGAAGAGUCUGUCGCUGGCGGUCCACAGUCGCGAGCCACCGCCGUUGCUGCCACUGCCAUCGACAACAGCACCCGCAGUAGCAAAGAGGGCAGCACACUCGCGGUGGCUGAUGCCGCGGACGUCGACGGCGAUGGUGGUACGGAGGAGGAAGAGCACAGGGGCAUCAACAAACGGUCAUCUACCACCGCCUUGGAUGUCAAGCCUCUCAAGAAAUUUAGACUGACGGAUUUCAUCCCUGAUCCAGGUUACUUCCUUGCCGGAGCCAUCGCUGGAGGUGUUUCGCGCACAGCUACUGCGCCUCUUGAUCGCCUCAAGGUGUACCUGCUCGUCAACACGAGUAGCGCCCCCGAGACAGCUGCGACGGCUAUUAAGUCUGGCCGCGUGCUCAGCGCUGCGCAACACGCUGCGCGCCCCUUCAAGGAUGCUAUCAGGGACAUUUUUCGAUCAGGUGGCCUGUCUGGUUUCUUUGCAGGCAAUGGCUUGAAUGUAGCCAAGAUCAUGCCCGAGACGGCCAUCAAAUUUGGUUCCUACGAGGCUGCAAAACGCGCACUCGCCAACUUUGAAGGGCAUGGAGACAUCAGGCAGAUAAGCUCCGUCUCCAAAUUCACAGCCGGUGGUGUGGCUGGUAUGGUGGCACAAUUUUGCGUCUACCCAUUGGACACCCUCAAGUUCCGUCUGCAGUGCGAGACAGUGGAGGGUGGCCUCAAAGGCCGCGCCCUUGUUCGCCAGACGGCUGCGAAAAUGUGGGCAGAUGGUGGCAUGCGGUCCUGCUACCGUGGAGUGACCAUGGGCCUGAUAGGCAUGUUCCCCUACAGCGCCAUCGACAUGGGCAUGUUUGAGCUGCUCAAAAAGACCUACCGCACUUACUACGCGCGAUACGCCGGCAUCCACGAGGACGACGCCAACCCGGGCAACGUGGCGACGGGCAUCAUUGGCGCGUCGUCGGGCGCGUUUGGCGCCUCCGUGGUGUAUCCCUUGAACGUGGUGCGGACCCGCCUCCAGACCCAGGGCACGGUCAUGCACCGCGCAACGUAUACCGGUAUCUGGGACGUCACCCAGAAGACGAUUCAGCGCGAGGGCUACCGCGGGCUGUACAAGGGGCUCACGCCCAAUAUCCUAAAAGUGGCGCCCGCGUUGAGCAUAACGUGGGUCGUGUAUGAGAACUCGAAGAAGAUGCUGGGGCUACACUAAGAGCAUGGCGAAGAUGCAAAGAACGUAGAGGAGGAUAUACCAGGAAUGAAUUGCGCGGUCAUCUGAAGAGGGCGAUUUUCCGAAUCAGAUUAUUGCCUUUGCCUUUGUCUUUUGUCUUUUUAUUCUUAUUUCUUUUUACUGUCGUCGUGGUAUGCUCCGCGA